AUGGUUUCAAACGGCAUUUCCAAUGGUACCAAUGGUAUCAAUGGUAUCAAUGGUAUCAAUGGUAUCAAUGGUAUCAAUGGUAUCAAUGGUAUCAAUGGUAUCAAUGGUAUCAAUGGUGCCAACGGUACUAAAGGUACUAAUGGCGUCAAUGGGCAUGCCGCUUUGUCCCCCCUAGAGGUCUUAGUCCAGGACCUCAACAAGCAGACCACCACCUUGAACGGAUACCUCCGAGCCAACAAACUUCCCGAGCCUAGCUUCGAGCGGGAUGCACCCAUUAUCAACUUAUCCCCAGACGCUCCUGAAGAGGCGCAGGUUGCCAAAGAGAAGCUCCUCGAUAGUGCAUUGCAAAUCUUCCAGCUUGUCUCUGGCCCUGGCGAGUACUUGCAAAAUGUCAUCACAGGUUAUCACUACAUGGAAAUCCUCCGAUGGAUGAGCCACUUCAAGAUCUUUGAGCUUGUACCCUUGGAGGGUAAGAUCUCAUACACAGAAUUGGCUUCCAAAGCUGGCGUAUCUGAGCUACGGCUCAAGACACUCGCCCGCAUGGGCAUGACGAACCGCCUCUUUGCUGAGCCUGAGCCAGGCUUCAUCGCUCACUCGGCUACGUCAGCCGCUUUGGUGACCAACACCAGAUUCUCUGACCAGAGAGUCUGGAUGACAAGCAUCAUUGCCCCAGUCAUUGCGUCGAUGGUAACCGCCCAUGAGAGAUGGCCUGACAGUACAGCUCCUAAUAAGGCAGCUUUCAAUGCCGCUUUUAACACUGAUCUUCGCAUGUAUGAGUACAUCGCCAAGCAGCCUGAGGUCUACAAGCUCUUUGGCCGUGUUAUGGAUGCGAUUGCCACUAGCCCCAAGAGCGACUUGAAGCAUCUCGUUAGCGGCUUUGACUGGGCAGGACUUGGCAAGGCUAACGUUGUUGAUAUUGGAGGCAAUAUUGGGCAUAGCUGCGUGAAGCUGGCCGAGGCGUUCCCUGAUCUUAGCUUCAUCAUCCAAGACAUUCCUCACGUUGUCGAGGAGGGCGCCAAGGUCAUCAAGGAGAACAACGAGGCCAGCAUUGCCGAGCGUAUCCAAUUCCAAGAAUACGACUUCUUCCAGAAGCAGCCAGUAGUAGGUGCUGAUGUCUACCUCUUGCGCCAGAUCUUUCACAACUGGGACUUUGAGAACUCUGUCAAGAUCCUCAAGAACACAGUUGAGUCCAUGGGUCAUAACUCGCAUGUGUUGAUCAUGGACUUUGUUGUCCCUGAGCCUGGCACCGUCUCGUCUGUGAAUGAGCGUGUUCUUCGGUCUCGCGAUGUGGGUAUGAUGCAGCUGUUUAACUCUCUUGAACGAGACCUUGAGGGCUGGAAGGCGAUUUUGGAAGCAGUGGACUCAAGGCUCAAGAUUAAUGCUGUCAACACACCUUAUGGUAGCUUCAUGUCGGUGAUUGAUGUUGUUCUAGUGUAG